AUGUCCCCAAAUGGCAAUAUGAAACUACUUGAACGUACUCGUGCCAGGCGAGAGAAUCUGCAGAAGAAAAUGGCCGAGCGACCUACGGCAGGAGCAAGAUCCACAAUGCAGGCUAAGAGGGUCAGGGAGCCUCUGGUAGAAACUAGUAACCAGACACCUCUGCCUGGUGAAGAAGUGAAAUCUAGUACAAAGCCAUCACCAUCAAAGAGGCUGUGCUCUGACAGUAUGGAGGCUCAAGUUUCCAGUUUAGAGAAUAGGCAGCCAGUUUCUUCAAGUUCCGCAAACAGCCAUUCUCCUGAGAUGACUUCAGAGUUGCAUGUAGCUGCUUCCAGCAGGGCUCCAUCAGUUCAGUCCUCUGAGAAAGGUAAAACGAAUGCCAAGACAGAAACUCCUGCAGCCCUUUCGGUCAAAACACGUAUGCAGAAAUUGGCAGAACAGCGACGUUGUUGGGAUAACGAGGAUCCUUCUGAAUGUGCUCAUCUGUCUCCCCUCCAGUCAAAGGAGGACGUGUCUGUUUCUCCACCUAAGCAGCCCUGUCUUGCCCUGGCAAGUGACACCCCGAUUGGGAGAAGGGGCCGUUUAGCUAACCUUGCUGCUACAAUUGGUUCCUGGGAAGAUGACCUAAGUCAUCCAUCUGCAAAGCAAAACAAUGCACAACAACAGCCUGGUACUACUUGUUUAUCCAAAUUGUCCACUACAAGUGGAGCAUCUGCUAGAAUCAAUAGCAGCAGUGUAAAGCAGGAAGCUGCAUCCUGUUCUCAAAGGAUCGUUGAGGCUUCUAUUAAUAAACCAGCAACCUCAAAGAUAGCGGAUCCAAAUACAAAACCCUCAAGAGACACUGUUUCCAGGUCUAAGGAAUCUGAAAUAUCCUUGUCACCAGCAGAGAAUCCCUGCAGUCCACAGAAAACUGAAGAAAUUAAACAAACAGUAAAAUCAACUCUGUCGCAACCCGUUCAGUCCAAAAAAGGACUAGCCAAAGGAACACAUGUGCAACUUGAACCUCAGGAUAAACCCACAACACCAGGAGGAUCGGGAAUUAAGCCCUUCUUGGAACGUUUUGGAGAGCGUUGUCAAGAACAUAGUGCACAGAGUCCUGCUACGAAUACAGCAGGGUACAGAACACCCAUCGUUACCCCAAAUACAAGGACAAUCCAGGAAAGACUUCUCAAACAAAAUGAGAAUUCCUCUACUGCCAGUUUAGCGCUGCAGCUUAAGCAGGAACGUGAAAGAGAACUUGCAUGUAUUCGUGGCCGGUUUGAUAAGAGGAAUCUGUGGAGUGCAGAGAGAAACGAAAGCUCGAAGAGAAAACUUCCAGAAACUAGAAUGGAAAGUCAGUCUCGGGCUAGUCCAAACCACCCUCCUAGUUCAGAAGCCACUGCUUCUGGAUUAGCGGACGAUGCACCGGCAGAGGAUAAACCAGUAAAGUCUCCCAGUGUGGAAUCUUCAGACACUCCUAAACGCGAAGAGACUGAUAAACCCAGUCCUUUGAAGACUGUACUGACCAAAAGCCCUAAAAAAGCGAUGUCUGUAUCCAAACCUGAGCAACUUCAUGUGAAACAGAAUGAUGAAGUAUGUGAAAUUGAGAUGAGUGUGGAUGAUGAGCUGAAUAGCUCAAGAGUGAUAAAUGAAAUUUUUGAAGUUCUUGAAGAGGAAGGUCCAGACAUAGAAAAACUAAAGAAGGAAAUGAGCAUGAGCUUGGAAGGUGAAAGUGAUGAGGAUGAGCAGGAGGAGUCGCUAAACAUUUCAUCAAUGUCUCUCUUAACUCCUUUAGUGGAAUCUGUUGGUCCAGAGGUGUUUAUUUCCCCUUCACAGUCAGUUGGUGAGGGCAGCAGUGUGAGUGAAGCAAGUCUGAAGUCUGAGAAGUUCCAAAGGACUAAAGUCCCCAGGGCAGAGUCAGGCGAUAGUAUUGGCUCUGGGUCAGAAGAUCGCAACCUUCUGUAUAGUGUUGAUGCAUAUAGGUCUCAGAGGGUUAAAGAAACAGAUCGUCCUUCAAUAAAGCAAGUCAUUGUUCGUAAAGAAGAUGUUGCUUCUAGGCUAGAAAAGAGAAAGAAUGGCCAAACUGAUCAAGUCAAAUCCUUUUUUGAACUGAACAAUGAGAUCAACAUGCAGCAGACAGUAAUUCAUCAAGCCAGCCAGGCACUCAACUGCUGUUUUGAUGAGGAACACGGAAAAGGGUCUCAAGAGGAAGCAGAAGCAGAGAGGCUACUUCUCCUUGCCACUGAAAAGAGAGCUGCUUUGCUGGAAGAAUUAAAUAAAGUGAAGAGUGAGGGACCUCAGGGUAGAAGAAAUAAAGCCGCACCUACAUCUUCUGAAUUUGCUCCAUCCAGGGGAUCUGUUACCAUUUCAGAAAUGCGUCUACCUCUAAAAGCAGACUUCGUAUGUGGUACAGUUCAGAAACCAGAAGCAGCAAAUUACUACUAUGUAAUAAUAUUGAGAUCUGGAGCAGAAAACAUGGUUGCAACUCCCUUAGCAAGCACUACAAGCUCCCUGAAUGGAGAUGCUCUUACUUUCACUACAACAUUUACUAUGCAGGAUGUGUCCAAUGAUUUUGAAAUAAAUAUAGAAGUUUACAGUUUGGUACAAAGAAAAGAAGUUCCAAGCACUGAUAAAAGGAAAAAGGCAACUAAAUCUAAGGUUAUUACUCCAAAGAGAUUAUUAACAUCUAUUACCUCUAAAAGCACCCUUCUUACCCCAGCCACGGCCAGUCCAGGUGGCCCUAAUGCUGUGCGAACUACUAAUUUUGUCCUCGUUGGAUCCCACAAGUUGUCGCUGUCUUCAGUAGGAAAUUCCAAGUUUGCGUUGGAGAAGAUGAAUUAUGAAGGGGAGGAAAGACAACUAUUGGGCUAUAUGUUCCAAGACAAGAUUGCUAUGGUGAUUUGUUUUAUAGCAGAAAAUUGGAAAUGGCUUCCUAAUGCAUGUUACUUAU